AUGCGACUGGCAGCUCAAAGAUGCUUCGAGGUGACGCAUGGGUCUCCAUCGCUGACGGGCAUCACGGACGUUCACGUAUCGACAAAAGCCGUCGCUCAUUGGCUCCUGGCCCAUGACCCUAGCCCGGUUCAAAUAUCACCCGUCAUCGUAAAGGCGGCGAUAGAAAUGGACUUUACAACCGAGAAGAGAGCGGUCAGGGAAAGCAACGGCGGCGUCGCUAUCAAGACCGCAAAAUGGCACUUGCGCGGAGACGGUGCUUCACUAGCUUCGUCUCGGCCUAUGCCCAACGACAACCUUCGAAAGCAAGACGCGAAAAGAGCGUUUUUAUUAGUCCGGCCUUACUCGAGCCUCGAGGUCGACAUACAAGAAUUGUCAACAAGUGGAUGCGUUUCAGCCGAGGUGGCUCAAGGCUGGGAUGUGUGCAUAUUGAAAUCAAGAACGAGGAAGGAUUCCGCCGUAACGACUUCCGCAGGGCGGAGAUGCCUCGGACAUAAUGGAGCAAAAGACCGGUCAACCGCAGAAGUCCCGCGUGGCUUCGGUCAGAUUUCCCCGCUUGUUUCGCAAGUGGUCAUGAUGGCCAGGCUCUGGCUUGUCGUUGCCUCGCGUCAGGUUGUCGCGCCUCUAGAACGCGUCCCUCGGCGGCGGCUGAGGCUGGUUCUCGAUCAGAUAAGGAGCGAGGGGCUAGCUACUGUUACCUAUGCUGAAGCUACUGCGAACCAGAUGACUCAACAUCUGGGCAGAGUCCGGGCAGCACACAUAGACUGGACAAAUCAAAAGAUCAAGAGCGACGAAAUCAGACAGGCUUGUUCGGGAGGAGGGGACAGACCCACGACUACUUAUGGCCCUGCGGCAAAGAGUGAGCAGGCAUAA